AUGCAGCUUACUUCCAAGGUUUCCAUCGCCCUGCUGGGUGCUUUCGCCGCCGUCGGUGAGGCCAACAACCACGGUUUCCAUGCGCGCCAGAUGAACUUCCACCCUGGUGGCUACAACAACCAGACUGUGUCGACCUCCGUCGUCCCCGUCUACCCGACUCCCGAGCACUCCAGCGCUCCCGUUGCUCCCAGCGCUCCCGCCAGCUCCGCCGCCGGAGUCGCUGCUAGCUCCCCCAUCAUCGGUGGUCACUACGCCAGCAGCUCCAGCUCUGCUGCUGUUGUUGGUGCUUCCUCUGUCGCUCCUGUGCCCGUUCCCCUCGGCACUGGUGUCUCCAGCAGCGCCCCCAUCUCCGCCCCGGCUGCUGCUGCUACUGGUAGCAACGGUGUCUCGACUGAGUACGACACUGUGACUUCCACCAAGGAUGUCACUCUCACCUACACCCUGGGUUCUGGUUCCACCCAGAGCGUCGUCACCACCACUAUCCACCGCACCGUGACUGACGUCGAGACCAUCUACGUGACCCCCUCUGCCAGUGCUUCCUCCACUGCCCAGGACACCACCGUCACCUCUGACACUACCGUCUACUCGACCUCCACCGACUACGAGACCUACACUCUCUACGCGGUCCCUACUUCUUCCGCUGCCGCUGGUAGCUCCGCCCCCGCGGGCUCUGCUGCCGCUGGCGAGACCUGUGCUCCGGUCACUGUCACUGUCCACGACACCGUCACUGUGGUAUGUACCCACUUGAAACCAAGCUGUCGGGUUGAACCCCUUACUGAUGCAUUGCAGACCGCCACUCCCACUCCCAUCUCCACCCCCGACAGCGUUGCCAAGAUCGAGGUCAGCUCUGUGUCCACCAGCGAGGAGGUUGAGACCACCACCCAGGCCGAGGCCACCACCCACAGCAAGCCCACCGUUGUCCCCACCCCCAGCGCCCCUUACGGCCACAGCAACGGCACCUUCCCUUUCCCCAGCGGCGCUGCCCGGCCCACUGGCUUCCAGACCAGCAGCAAGGUUGCUUUCCCCUCCCACUUCCGCCGCGUCUACUAA